UAAAUACCAGAGAAAGUUGCUGAUACUCAGCUCAUGCUUGACUAGCAGAUCCCAGACAUUCUGCAAGGUUAUAUAAUUGGAAGAUCCUACAAAACCUUCUUUCAGGAUGCAGAAACUGUGUGUACUGAUGAUCCUCACCUUUUGUGGGUCAGCUCUGAGUAGCCUGCUACAGAAGCGGCAGACAGAUUUUGGACUGCGUGUGUUUUCUGAAGCUGCCAAAUCCCAUCCAUCUCAAAAUUUCAUUCUGUCUCCCUAUGGCAUAUCCUCAAUGCUGGGAAUGGCUCAGCUGGGAGCCAAUGGACCCACUUUGAAGAUUCUGAAGCAACACAUGGGCUACUCUUUGCUAGAACGUGGAAUGCCACGUCAACAGAGACUUCUUCAGAGAGACCUGGACAGUGAAGAAGGAUUGGAAGUGGCAAGUGCUGUAAUGGUGGACAGAAAAUUAGUCUUGGAGAAGGUCUUUCGACGUAGCCUAUCAAAGGCGUUUCAGAGUGUUCCACACCAGGUGGACUUUAGCUAUCCUGACAGUACCCUGAAGGUCAUCAACUCCUGGAUGUCAGACAACACUGGAGGAAUGAUACCAGAUUUCCUACAGUCUGGAAUGCUGAAUGACCAGACACGUUUGGUGCUUUUGAAUGCCCUUCACUUCCAUGGGCUUUGGAAGAACCCGUUUGACCCUAGACUGACUGCAGAGGGUACCUUCCACAAAGCUAAUGGCACAAAAGUGUCAGUGUCAAUGAUGAGAUCAACUCAGAAAUUCAACUAUGGUGAAUUUGUUACAAAGGAUGGCAUUGAAUAUGAUGUUAUUGAGGUGCCAUAUGAGGGGGACUCGCUGAGCAUGAUCAUUGUGUCAUCAUUCGAGAGGGAUGUACCACUUUCCAUCUUAACUAACGAGCUGAGUAGCACCAUUAUCAAGGAUUGGAGAAUGCAGUUUAGGAAGGUUACCAGGGAGCUGGUGAUUCCCAGGUUUUCGUUAGACACAGAAGUCGAUUUGAAGUCAGCACUGAGCAAACUAGGUCUGGGUGACAUCUUCAGUCAGACCAAGGCAGAUUUUUCCCACAUAACUACUGAAGAGCCAUUGUAUGUUUCAAAGAUUUUACAGAGAGUAAAGACCGAGGUGAAUGAAGAGGGAACCAAAGGAUCUUCUGCAGGAGGUGUCAUCCUCUACUCUCGCAUGGCUACAGCAGAACAUGUUUUGGACCGUCCUUUCCUCUUCCUUAUACAGCACAAGCCAACAGGAGCUGUGCUAUUCAUGGGCCAAGUGCACGAACCUUAGAAUCAUUACCAAUCCCACAAGCACUUAAAACAUUACUGUCACAAACUUAUUACUACUGAACCAGUGCAGGUUUUGGACCAAGAUACAUUAAUCAUAUAUGCAACCUUCCAAACAAAUGGGUCAAUACGUUUUCAAGAAACUUUCCUAAAUGCAAGUCCUUUGUAUGACAUUACAUUAUAUUGGAAAGGACUGUCAUUGUAAAAAACUAUUUGUCAAUGAAGGAAAACCCCUGUAUAGGUUAAAACACAGAAAAUGUUACUAUUGUUGUAGGAUUAUGGGCACUUUGAAGAAAAAAAACAAAACAGUCAGAUUUAUGCAGAUUUUUAUAAAGUCAAUUUCCCUCUAACCGAAAAAGCAGUAUUUUAAAUGUAUUUUUUUUACCCUGUAAGGACACUGUGUAUAGAAUGUAUGGAGAUAUUUUGAUAAUCUGGUGUUUAUAUAUUAUAUUCAGUGGAAAGUUGUAUUUUUCGAAAAUAUAUUUAUUUUUAUGUGAAGUCAUUUAUGUUUAUAAAGAUGCCAUAUUUGUACAUGAAGCACAACAAAGUAUAAUAAACUUAUAUAAAAAAAA